GGCUGCCUCUUGGACUCGACUUCACUCAUCAUCACUCAUCAUCACUCAUCAUCACUCAUCAUCACUUGGAAUCUCUUUCUCUCAUUGAGAAUUGAAACUUUGGACUAGCAAUAUGCCAGUCUCCCAGGUCCUACUUCUUCUGACUACUGAGAGAAUACUCGAUUGACCCUUGCUUUCCCGGAAGGAAUCCUCAGAGUGAAAGCCGGGGCAGCAUGGUUAUUUCAAAGGCCAAGAUAGAGCGAAGUACAGGCCUGUACUUUUGGGAGGCUUGAAUCUUAUAUAUCACGAACCUCCAAUAUCAUCCCGGACGCAUCGACGCAUCGACACAUCAGGUUUAUCAAGACCUCUCAACCUCGACGAAUCAACACAAAUCGACACAUCGCUUCCGCCUGAAACAUGGACAACUUUAAAGACCUUGUCUGGGGCCAGAUCAAGGGCCUUCGGCCCUCUUUCUUUGCCAAGAAGCCUCACUUCAACUUCAUCACAGUUCAUUAUCUUUGGAUUAUUUCUCUCACCAUUUUGGGCUCUGUCAUAAUAUUCUCAGCAGGGCGUGUCGCGGGGGGAAAUAGCCAGUUGGCUUACAUUGAUGCCCUCUUCUUUGCCAGUUCUGCCAAUACUCAAGCUGGGUUGAACACAGUCAACGUAAACCUGUUGAACACCUUCCAGCAGGUUACCAUCCACUUGCUGAUCAUGAUGGCAAACCCAAUAACCAUCCACUCCUGUGUUGUCUUCCUUCGCCUGUACUGGUUUGAGAAGCGCUUCCAGCAUAUUGUCCGCGAAGCAAGACAGCGCAGAGGGACAUUAUCCAAGGCAACAUCAAGGUCUGCAGCAAAAAACGACGCUGACCGGGUCGAGAGAGGUGUCAAUGCCAGGGACAUCAGAGUCAUGCACAACGGUGCCAAAUCUCGAAUCACCAACGAUGGCAUCCUGCUAGACCCUACCCUUGAAAAGACACUUGAUGAGGAUGCACUGGGUCCUGAGCAAAAUGGCUUUGGCCCAAAAUCCCAAUCCCCGCAUGCCGAGCCCCAAGAGAACAGACGAAUGGAGAUCAAAUUUGCCGACACGGUCAAGAGGAGCGAUGGCUUAGAAGACGGCAUAACAAAGCUUCCGCCCGCACACCCAGACGACGAUCAUAUUGCCAUUGUUGAGCGACAGAGAAAGGGAGACGACGAGGUACUUCGGAUUCCUGGGCCUCGAGACGCCGAGAGAGGCAUGCUACCAGAGCCGGUUGAGCAUGGAGACGAGGAUGAAAACGACCCGGCCGGGCUAGGGAGGAGGGACUCCAGACUCCCCACCGGGAAUGAUGGUCUGGCUGGUCCGCCCAGAGCAAAUACUGAGGGCCGCCGUCAGGCAAUCACGAUUGAGGAGCCCAAUCGGCCACAGAGAGAGAAGUUGGCCGAAGAUGUCACAGAUGAUGUCCGUGCCGCUGCAAAAACCUUCAACAUCCUCCGGCUGCGGAAGCCGAGGAUCUUCAACAAGAAGGACCAGAAGCUGCAUCACGACGAGGACAAUAUCCAUAUAACACCCUCAAAAAGGAGGCAAACAUUGGAGAAUAUGAGGACCGCUUUCAGCAGCAACAAGGACGAUGGCGCUCCAUACUUGAGUUGGGAGCCCACGCUUGGCCGAAACUCGCAAUUCCCAGAUUUGACUGAGGAGCAGAGGGAGGAACUCGGCGGUAUCGAGUACCGGUCUCUUAAAACGCUCGCGCUGUUCCUGAUCGGCUAUUUCUGGGGCUUCUCCAUCUUCGCCGUCAUCUGCCUGGUCCCUUUCAUUCAGAACAGCAAGAAAUAUGGCGCCGUUGUCGACGCGGCUGGGCAAAGCAAGACGUGGUGGGGGAUCUUCACUGCCAACUCCGCCUUCAUGGACGUGGGCCUGACCCUGACCCCUGACAGCAUGAACUCGUUCAAUACGGCUGUCUUCCCCCUGAUACUGAUGAGUUUCCUCAUCGUGAUCGGGAACACUGGCUUUCCGGUCAUGCUUCGCUUCAUAAUUUGGGUAACCUCGUUGUUUGUGCCCCGUGGUUCGGGAUUGUGGGAAGAGUUGAGGUUCCUCCUCGAUCACCCACGACGCUGCUUCACCCUGCUCUUCCCGUCACACGCAACUUGGUGGCUAUUCUGGCUUCUCAUCAUCCUUAACGGCGUCGACCUCAUCUUGUUCAUCAUUCUCGACCUUGGGGGCGGGGUCGUGGCCGACCUCCCCGUUGGCAUUCGGAUACUCGAUGGUCUUUUCCAGGCGACCGCGACGAGGACGGCCGGGUUUUCCUGCAUCAGCAUCGCUCUCGUGCAUCCCGCCGUGCAGACUUCGUACCUGAUCAUGAUGUACAUCUCCGUCUUCCCUGUCGCCAUUUCGGUCCGGCGCACAAAUGUUUACGAAGAGAGAUCGCUGGGCGUUUACAGCGAUGUCCCAGUGGAUGACCCAGCGAACGCCAGCGAUAUGUCUUACGUUGGUGCACAUUUGCGUCGGCAACUGUCUUUCGACUUGUGGUUCAUCUUCCUCGGAUUCUUCAUUCUCACCAUUGCCGAAGGCCCGCGCAUAAUGUCCGGGCAAAUCGCCAUGUUCCCUAUUCUGUUCGAGAUCGUCAGCGCCUACGGUACCGUCGGGCUUACUUUCGGAUAUCCUGGCGUCGACCCGUCACUUUCUUCCCAAUUCACCGUCGUUGGCAAGCUUGUCAUCAUUGCCAUGCAGAUCCGUGGGAGACACCGCGGCCUCCCUUACGGCCUGGAUCGGGCUAUCCUGCUCCCCAGCGAGUCGCUCAAUUCUAAGGAGGCAGAUGACGCCGACGCAAGACUUGCACGCAGACCAUCACAGGCAUCGGCUGCGACUGGGACCAAAGGGCGAGGCACCAGCUUGCAACGCGGCCGGAGCAGGAGCAUGGACCGCAUGAACAGCAACAUCAUCACCCAGUUCCUGCAUCCGGGGCCGUCAGUUCCGUUGAAAGCUUCGGGAUUUUCGCCGCUGCGGAGGGCGACGACCGGUCCUGGUCCGGAAGAUGAUGAUGACCAGUCGGCAUCGAAGAUGCACCCGGCACGACGAGCCCAGACGGCAUCUUUUGCGAAAUCGAGGGCAGACGGGAACGACGCAUGACAUUGAAAUCCUUGGGCGAGAACAUCUGCUGCUGGGAACAUGGUGCAACAGUUGGGUAACGUAAAUAUCGGUGGCGGUAAAUAUGGUGGAUGCAUUAUGGCAGAUAGGUAGACACAGAACUAUCAGCCUUGGAUGAUGCCUUCUUUUCUCCCGUUCUACUGGUGGAAUCCGGGUUCUUUUUUCGGUCGUUUUGCUAGCAUUUUUUUUUGCAUGCUCUUCUAUAGACCGCCGUGCAGCAUAGCAAACUUGUCUGUUGGUAUAGACGAUUUAGGGCGAGA